AUGGGUAAUUUAAUGGUAUGUAAUUAUACUGUGGCCAAUUUUUAACACCAAUACUAACUUAAAAUUUCCAUAGUCAAGAUUAUUUAAAAACCGUGAGAUGAGAAUUUUAAUGUUAGGUUUAGAUAAUGCUGGUAAAACUACAAUAUUAUAUAAAUUAAAAUUGGGCAAAACUUCAAAAACAGUACCAACUGUUGGUUUUAACGUUGAAACAGUUAAACAUAAAAACGUAUCAUUUGCAGUUUGGGAUUGUGGUGGACAAGAAAGAAUUAGACCUUUAUGGAGACAUUAUUUUACUGGUACAAAUGCAUUAAUUUAUGUUGUUGACUCAUCAGAUUCAAAUAGAUUAGAAGAAUCAAAAAAUGAAUUAUUUAGAAUUAUAUCUGAUAAAGAAUUAAAUAAUUGUUUAUUAGUUGUAUUGGCAAAUAAACAAGAUGUUGAAGGCGCAGUAAAACCAAAAGAAUUGAUUGAAAUUUUUCAAUUAAAUAAAUUAACUGGUGAUCAUACAUGGUCUGUUAUACCAACUAUUGCAAUUGAUGGUACUGGUUUAGUUGAAACAUUGAACUGGAUCUCAUCACAUUCAAAAUAG